UGUCAAGCUGACAUUUGAUUGAAUAUUUACAAUCGCGGUUGUGCUGAUACUCCGUCAAUAUGGGGCGGCGACUUAUAUUUUCCGUUUCUUUAAUAUUUGUGAUAAAUAUCAUUCCAUGUUUCUGUGAAACACCAAAUUUGCCGCAAAAAUAUGUGGAUUCAGUCCAAACCUCCACUCAUACCAAUAAUUGGGCCGUUCUCGUCGAUGCAUCUCGUUUUUGGUUCAAUUAUCGCCAUGUCGCGAACGUUCUGUCGAUUUAUCGUUCAGUCAAGAGAUUAGGAAUUCCCGACAGCCAAAUCAUCCUCAUGAUAGCCGACGACAUGGCGUGUAAUCCAAGGAAUCCAAACCCUGGAUUCGUCUAUAAUAAUGCCAAUCAGCACAUCAAUGUUUACGGAGAUGAUGUUGAAGUGGAUUAUCGUGGCUACGAGGUGACUGUGGAGAACUUUGUCCGCUUGUUAACAGGACGCACACAAAAUGGUACCGCGAGAUCCAAGAAACUUUUGACUGACACGAGCAGUAAUGUAUUGAUUUACCUAACCGGGCAUGGUGGCGAUGGAUUCCUGAAAUUCCAAGACUCUGAGGAAAUAACGAAUCAAGAACUGGCGGACGCUAUCGAGCAAAUGUGGCAGAAGAAACGCUACAACGAAUUGUUCCUCAUGGUGGACACAUGCCAGGCAGCGUCUCUUUACGAAAAGUUCCAUUCUCCGAAUAUUCUAGCCAUUGCAAGCAGUUUGGUUGGAGAGGAUUCACUUUCGCAUCACGUCGACCCGUCCAUUGGUGUCUACAUGAUCGAUCGCUACACCUACUACGCUUUAGAGUUCCUUGAAAAGGUUCAACCAAACAGCAACAGAACAAUCGGAGAAUUUCUUCAAGUUUGCCCGAAGCGAGUCUGUAUCUCCACAGUAGGCGUUCGCAAGGACUUGUACAGGCGAGAUCCAAACAAGGUACCGAUAACCGAUUUCUUCGGUUCUAUUCGUCCAACCCACACAGUGACUGAAAGGAUCAAUAUCACUCUGGCAAAUGAAGAGGACGUUAUUGAAGAUUUCCACCAUGAUCACCCUCCGGCGCCCGAUAUUGAAUACAAGUUUGCGCCACAAUUCCCUUCGGAAAUAUUUGCUUAGAUAGUUCUUUUGUUAGUUUUGUAAAUUACUUUGUUUAAAUAAAAAAAUAAAUACCAAAUAUAGUUCGUACUAUAAA